CAGGCUCUUCCAUGACUUGUCUGCCAGGCUGAAGGCCAGAACAAAUAUGAGGCCUGCGAGUGUUUGCCCUGCCUCGUAAGUGGAAUCUCUGCCGCCGGAGAAUGAUGCCCUGAAACUCAUUCUACCGUACAUGUAGGGCCCGACCGCCGCGCUCGCCAGGCACAGAGCAAUGAAGGGCCGCCGAGUUUACCCCUGAAGUGUGCCCAUGCUCGGGAACAUCCGGUACCUUGUGACUGGAAACCGUCGACGAGAUCUUCCCUCUUAUCCUCUUGAUUUUCACCAUCCAGCUCAGCUCCACCACCUCGAGAUUCCGAAGAUCAUGCGUGCAUCGGCCAGCAUUGCUAUCGUGGCUACGGCCCUCCUUUGCGUUCUUGGCGCCCCUCGUGUCAAAGGAGACGAUCCAUCUACCUGCGGUCUGCUGCGCCCCGAUGGCGAGCUGGCCUUGUGCGCUCCCAAGGCUGACUGCAUUCUUUUCAUGGACGUACCCCUUUGCACGGGCUCCAACGGAAAGUACCUAAAAGGUCCCGUUGGAGGUACGUGCUACUUGGUUGGAAACCCCUACCCUCCGGAGAUUGAUGCGUGGGACACGAAGGAAUGCAGCUACGAGUGCUCCGUCCAGGGGAAGACCAAGGUCUGCAAAUGAGAAGCCGGGAUAGCACCUGCGCAAGAUGUUCCACGUCUCCUCUCUACCUGCUGUCCGUCGUGAAAUUCGUCCUUGUCUCUCUUGUCUUCCCACUCAGAAACAUUG